AGCAUAAAUAGUGAAGAAAGGCUGGGAAUGUGCACAGUUGUUUGUGCGACUGAUCUGCUGCUGUCCUAGGCUCAACUUGUGACAUGGAACACACAGAGGUACUGAAGCCACAGACAUUGGAUGAGCUGAUCCAGAUCCUGCAUGAGAUAUUCUCCAGUGAUAUAGUGAAUAUAGAGGAAGUCCAGAACAUAGUGGAGUCCUAUGAGAGUAAUCCAUUGGAAUGGAUGAAAUAUGCAAAAUUUGACCCAUACAGAUACACCCGGAACCUGGUAGAUGAAGGAAAUGGAAAGUUUAAUCUCAUGAUUCUCUGUUGGGGUGAAGGACAUGGCAGCAGUAUCCAUGAUCACACCAACUCGCACUGCUUCUUGAAGAUACUCCAGGGCAAUCUGAAGGAGACUAUGUAUGAGUGGCCACAGAAGAAGACAAAUGGCACUAUGAUGAAGAGAUCGGAAGGCGUGCUCAAGCUGAAUCAAUGUGCCUAUAUUAACGAUUCUAUUGGUCUUCACCGAGUGGAGAACCCAAGUCACACAGAGACCGCUGUGAGCCUGCACUUAUACAGCCCUCCAUUUGACCAAUGCAAUACCUUUGACCAACGGACAGGACACAAAAAUACAGUUAAAAUGACAUUUUGGAGCAAAUUUGGUGAAAGGACCCCCCUGGCAAUGGCACAAUCGCUGGAGAACUAACUUUGCCUACAACAUAUUACUGGAAGCUUUGUAACUGUGGAACCCUGGGAAAAAAACCACACACACACACACACACACACACACACACACACACACACACACACACACACACACACACACACACACACACACACACACACACACACUCAAAUCUUGUAGCCUCUGGAAGUUCUCUGACCAAACUGUACAUAAACCCUCCGUAGGAAUUGCGCAAAUUGGUAGUUCUGGAAUGCUUACAUUGACUUUUUAACCAGUUUGAUCUACGGGUUCAUACCUGAAAUAGGUGAACUUUUAUUUUUGGGAGGGGAUCUGUAUAAUUGUGCAUGUCCUCAACUUCAAAAUAGCAAUUUUAUUUUUUAACGUGUUAAAUGAUUUAACUUUUAUGUUGAAACUGCCGUGAUUUGUAUGUAUAGGUUUUAAUGCUCUUGUAACAGAUGUACAUUUUGAUUUCUAUAUUUUUAGAAAAAAAAAGUUGUCAUGUGAAUUUGGAAUCUUCAGCAGGAGCAAUAAAGUUCAAAUUCAUGA